UUUUGUGCUGGGGCUCACCAGGGGGGCUAUAGCUUUGUCAACAGUGCAGUAUGUCCCAGGGGGUCACCAGAGUAGGGCAGGUGGCCGCUCUGCUCUGCUCAAAUCUGUGAACAUCUGGGGGUCGAAGGUGUGCUCGAACGCUCCCCUGAGCCCUGAGAGAGCUAUAGGGCCGGGCAUCCAGAACCACCAACGACCAGACCAGGGAGAGGGACAGGGAGUAAUAUCAACUGGAGAGAGAGAGAGGUAGAGAGGACCAGAGAGACAGGUGGCCAUCUGGAGUGAUUGGAUUAGAAGAGAGGGUAGUCUGGGUGGGCAUAUACCAGGUGUACUGGUGAGGGCUGAGAGAGCUGGGUCAUGUGCUCGCGUGUGGGAGCCACUAGUCUUUAUGGUGCUGCUGCUGGUGAUGACGUGGGUGGUGGUGGUAGGAGAGAAGACAGUGAUGGUGAGCUGGGGUGUGUGGCUGAAGCCCUGUGUCUAGAGGUCAGGCCUCGGUUAAGGUACGUAGAUCCAGGUGGACCAGAGAGCGAGGCUCGCUCAGCCGGGGUGGAGCAGAUAGCAAGGCCGACGCUACCUGGGAGAAAGGCACAUCGAACGGCUCGUAGUGAGGACUACAGAGAGAUGGACAGAGAGAGAGCAGGAGAGAGGAAUAGAGGCUGUGAUAGGGAGAGGGACAGAGAACAAGGAACUGCAGAAGAUAGAAACAGAGAGAGAGAGAGGGACAGAGAUAAAGAGAGUGCAGGUGAGAAAAAUAGAGUCCAUGAGAGGGACAGGGACAGAGAAAGAGACAGCCAGAGAAAUAGAGAAAGAGAGACCAGAGACCAAGAGAGAGAGAGAGCUAGUGACUGGGAUAGAAACAGGGACAGGGACAGAGAGGACCGGAGGGGCAGGACACAAAGCUUUCCAAACAGUAACUCUAACCCUCUUCAGACUAACACCAUGGAGGCUCCAGAGGGUCAGGGGAGACUACAGAGAGGACUACCCUCACCUGGACAACCCCACGCCAGUUACCAACGAUCUAGCACCACCCUCAGGUCUCCACGCCAAGCCUCCGGCUCCAUCUCUCCCACCCUACUCCGCCCAUCCAUCCGAAUCAGAACCUCCACUCUGUCACCAAGGAGACUGUCGCAAAGGAUGGACAUCACGGAAACGCGAUGUGGCAUGUACACGGUUAGAGAGCCAGGUGCAUUCUGGGUAGAGCCAGGGAUUGGGAUUGGCCAAUUGUCCCCGAGAAGAAGGACUCGGACACGCCUCUUCUCCCACAGCAGCUUAGAGCUGGAAGAGGAAGAGGACGAGGAAGAAGAGGGAGAAGAAGAGGAAGAGGAGGAGGGAGGAGAGGCAGGGGGUAGUGGUGUGAUAGGGGUGGUGACUCAGACGCUGACUACGGCUGUGCCCUUGUCCCCUGCUCCAGCAGCGAUGGAUAGGAGGAUGACUAAAAGAGAGAGGAACAGGGUGAAGAGUCUGAGGAAGAGGCAGAGGAGGAGAGAGAGAUGGAGACAGAGCCAGCUGCUGGAGAAUAGACAGAGUUCGACUGGGAACCCAUCGAGCAGCAGUGAGGAGGAUGAUGAUGUGAGUGCCGGGGACAGAGAGGGCUUCAUCUGUGCUGUGUGUCUGGAUGUUUACUUCAGCCCCUACAUGUGCCACCCCUGUAACCACAUCUUCUGUGAGCCCUGCCUCCGUACCCUGGCUAAGAACAGCCCAACCAACACCCCUUGCCCACUCUGCAGGACCACCAUCACUCACGUCUUCUUCCAGACGGAGUUAAACCACACAGCACGGACGUUCUUCCCAAAGGAAUACUUUUCCCGGAAACAGACUUUCCAGAAGGCAAGCUGUGCAAAAUGGCCGCUCCCAAGCUGCAGGAAACUUUUCCGUAUUUUUGGAGGUUUCCAGAGGCAAGCUAGUCCAAUAGCCAGGCGUCAGUUUCCCCACGGGGGGUACCGUCUAGACGCCAUGGACUUUGAGGACAAUUCUCGCGGCUGGCGCUUUGACAUUGACAUGGUCAUUAUCUAUAUCUAUUCUGUCAACUGGGUCAUCGGCUUCAUCAUCUUCUGCUUUCUCUGCUACUUCUUUUUCCCUUCUUUCUAAAGUCAGAUGGAUGGAUGGAUGGAUGGAUGGAUGGAUGGA